GCUUCUGCGGAUACUCUUUAAAUCUUUCAAAUGAGUGUGAAGUAGUUCGGUCAACAUUACAUUGACAAUCUUAGUGGACAUCAGUCGUAUAGGAAUAAGCACGUAAUCCGGAUCAUCACAAUGGAAGAAAUAGAAUGCCAUCCCCUACUUCAAAUCACGCCAGAAACAGUCAAGAAGGUGAGGCAGCUAUGUGACAUCGAUGACGUGAAGAGGAUCAAUGAGUCACUGGAUAUAGUGGAGGAAUGGAUUAAGAAGCAAGACCAUUUGGCUGAGGGGGGCAGUUACCUUUGCAGAUCUCUCUUAGAGCGAGUAUACCUCCUCUCAAAGGGUUCAGUUGAAGAGACGAAGAGAAGGGUGGAAAGGCUGCUGACAUCACGAGGGAUGAUGCCAGAACUGGUGAUGAACAGAACUGUGGAGGAGUUUGAAGCUCAGUGGGAAGUUGUCAAUUAUGUUCCUCUACCGAAGCUGCAUCCAGUAGACCAGUCCAGGGUGAUGGUGACACAGUUCCUCACUGAGAAACUGGAUCCCUUCAGCAUAUUGACUUACUUUAGAUAUUGCUUCUUGAUCGGAGAAUACAGGAUAAACUACGACUACACUACUUCAGAGCGAUUUGUUAUCGAUCUCACCAACAUUCACCUGGGUCUGCUUAGUAAACUCAAUCCUAUUGUUAUAAAGAAAGCCGAAGUAUUAUGCACCGAAGGCAUCGGCACAAAAAUCAAAGGCAUCCACAUUUUGAACGCUCCCCCAUUCAUUGACAAGCUGGUCUUCCUCCUCAAGCAAGCUCUUCGGGAGAAGGUGGCCAACAGGGUCCAUGUUCAUAAUAGCUAUGAGGAUCUACAUAAGCAUAUACCUAGGGAUAUGCUGCCUAAGGACUAUGGUGGUGAUGAGCAGUCUGUUUCUAAAUUAUGUGAUCAAUGGAAGGAACAAUUAAGAACAGAGGAAGCUAAGAAGAAGAUAAAAAGUUUAGAAAAAAUGGUCAGUGACGAAUCUAAGCGACAAACUUCUAAGUUCAACGAAGAAUACAUGGGGAUGCCUGGGUCUUUUAGAAAAUUAACUGUAGAUUAAGUUAAUUUUAAGUGUUUUUCAGCCUGUUGUACCUAAUAGUUUCAAGAUUAAUAA